AUGGAGCUAGCUAGAUUGCGAGAGACCGAAAGAACGAGAGAAAACUGCGUAUCUGACAGGGACGUGGAGAGCUACUCUCUCUGCGUUGCAUGCACGGUGUGGAUAUUUCCUGUACUUUCAUGUUAAAAGAAAACUAAAUUUUACGUUCUGACGAGGUUUGUGGCUUUCCUCUCCAGAAUAUCGUGCUUGUACAUGGUAACAGAGAGCUGAAGACUGAGGGUGCUGAAGAUGGCAGUUUGGAUCCAGGCCCAGCAGCUCCAGGGGGAUGCGCUGCACCAGAUGCAGUCCCUCUACGGCCAGCACUUCCCCAUCGAGGUGCGCCACUACCUGUCCCAGUGGAUCGAGGGCCAGCUGUGGGACUCGAUCGACUUGGAGAACCCGCAGGAGGAGUUCAAGGCCAAGCGAAUGCUGGACAGUCUGAUCCAGGAGCUGCAGAACAAGGCCGAGCACCAGAUGGGGGAGGACGGCUUCUUGCUGAGAAUCAAACUGGGCCACUACGCCACUCAGCUAAAGAGCACGUAUGACCGAUGUCCGCUGGAGUUGGUGCGGUGUAUCAAACACAUCCUCUACACCGAGCAGAGGCUGGUGCGGGAGGCCACAAAUUCAAACUCCCCAGGGGGCGGGAUGCUGGACAGCAUGUCUCAGAAGUACCAGCAGAUCAACCAGGCGUUCGAGGAGCUGCGCGUGAUGACGCAGGACACGGAGAACGACCUGCGCAAGCUGCAGCACAACCAGGAGUACUUCAUCAUCCAGUACCAGGAGAGCCUGCGCAUUCAGGCCCAGCUGAGCAGCCUGUCCACCCUGCCCCCGGCCGACCGCCUGCUGAGGGAGCCCGCCCUGCAGAGCAAGAGGGCCACCGUGGAGGCCUGGCUCACCCGGGAGGCCAACACACUACAGAAAUACAGACUGGACCUGGCAGAGAAACACCAGAAGACCCUGCAGCUGCUCCGGAAGCAGCAGACCAUCAUCCUGGAUGACGAGCUGAUCCAGUGGAAGAGACGGCAACAGCUGGCGGGCAACGGGGGUCCACCAGAGGGGGGGCUGGACGUCCUGCAGUCCUGGUGUGAAAAGCUGGCGGAGAUGAUCUGGCAGAACCGGCAGCAGAUCCGGAGAGCCGAGCACCUCAGGCAGCAGCUGCCCAUCCCCGGCCCCAUCGAGGAGCUCCUGACCGAGCUCAACAGCACCAUCACAGACAUCAUCUCCGCGCUGGUCACCAGCACCUUCAUCAUCGAAAAGCAGCCCCCGCAGGUCCUGAAGACGCAGACAAAAUUCGCCGCCACCGUGCGGCUCCUGGUAGGGGGAAAGCUGAACGUCCACAUGAACCCUCCUCAGGUGAAGGCCACCAUCAUCAGCGAGCAGCAGGCCAAGGCCCUCUUAAAGAACGAGAACACCAGGAAUGACAGCAGUGGCGAGAUCCUCAACAACAACUGUGUAAUGGAGUACCACCAGACCACUGGGACACUCAGCGCCCACUUCAGGAACAUGUCUUUGAAGCGGAUCAAGCGCUCGGAUAGGCGCGGGGCGGAGUCGGUCACGGAGGAGAAGUUCACCAUUCUGUUCGAGUCGCAGUUCAGCGUGGGGGGCAAUGAGCUAGUAUUUCAAGUGAAGACAUUAUCACUUCCUGUGGUUGUGAUUGUCCACGGUAGCCAAGACAACAACGCCACUGCAACGGUACUUUGGGAUAAUGCUUUUGCUGAGCCGGGUCGGGUUCCCUUCAUCGUGCCGGAUAAGGUGCUGUGGCCCCAGCUGUGCGAGGCGCUCAACAUGAAGUACAAGGCCGAGGUGCAGAGCAACCGGGGGCUGUCGGAGGAGAACCUGGUCUUCCUGGCUCAGAAGGCCUUCAGCAGCUCCAGCAUCAACCCGGAGGACUACCGCAACAUGACCAUGUCCUGGUCUCAGUUCAACAGGGAAAGCCUACCUGGUCGGAACUUCACGUUUUGGCAGUGGUUUGACGGAGUCAUGGAGCUCAUGAAGAAGCACCUUAAACCACACUGGAAUGAUGGGGCAAUCUUGGGCUUUGUGAACAAGCAGCAGGCCCAGGACAUGCUGAUGUCCAAACCCAACGGGACCUUCCUGUUGCGCUUCAGUGACUCUGAGAUCGGGGGCAUCACCAUAGCCUGGGUGGCCGAGAACCCAAACAAACCAGGAGAGAGGAUGGUGUGGAACCUCAUGCCCUACACAACCAAAGACUUCUCUAUUCGCUCCCUGGCCGACCGCAUCAGCGACCUCAACCAUCUUCUGUUCCUCUACCCCGACCGGCCCAAGGACGAGGUCUUCUCCAAAUAUUACACCCCUCCUCUCUCGAAAGCAGUGGACGGCUACGUCAAACCGCAGAUUAAACAAGUUGUGCCUGAGUUCACCACAGCCAGUCCAGACCCAUCCGGAGGAAACCCCACCUACAUGGAUCAUGCGGCCUCCCCAUCUGUCAGUCACCCUCACAACUAUGGCAUUUACCCUCCCAUGAGUGAUUCAAUGCUGGAUGGAGAUGGAGAAUUUGACCUGGAAGACACCAUGGACGUAGCCAGACACGUGGAGGAACUGCUACGUCGGCCAAUGGAAACCCAGUGGAGUGGUCAACAAUCGUGACCCUUGACCUCUGACCCCUGACCCUAUACCGCACCAAAAGAAAGCACCCUUUAAUUUUCUGAUGUUUUGAUUCCAUUGUUGUUUUUAUUUCUGUUUAUGUUAAAUAACCACAAUGUGAAAUGUUAAUAAUGGUUGUUAAUCUGAGUAUUUUUUGUUGUUUGUUUCUCUUAUAGCAUGCUCAUCAAGUGGCAAAAGGACUUUGUCCUAGAUUCUGUCCCCUCUGUACCCGUUAAAGAGAUAACAACAGGGAAAAAAUUACAGUAAUUGAACUACACUGCUAAAAUAACAUUAAACAUAUUUCCCUGGUCAAAUUUUCUAUCUCUGUUUCACAUAAUAAUAAUAAUUAUUAUGAUUAUUAUUAUUAUUAUCAAAAGCACACAUUGUGAUGGGGAAAACAACAACAAGAAAAUACUAUACUAAAAGAAAAAAAAUCCAGGUCAACAUUUUUAAAUUAAUGGUUCAGAAGCUGUAUCAAAAUUACAUUAAACUGCCUAAAACGUUGUUAUAGAUUUCAUCAUUAUUAUUGUUAUGAUGAUGUGAUGUAAUUGAGGCUGUUUUUGUUUUGUUUUGUUUUUUUGAACAAUUAUUUCCAAGUGCUUGGUACUUGGUGGUGAGUUUUGUGUUGCAAAUAAAGUCCUGUAUUUGUUCCAAGGUGCCCGUGCCUGCCGUGGAGACAGACUCAUGUGACUAGGGGUGCGGCCCCUUCCGUGAGUGGGAGGCCACCGGCCAAUCGGAGCGCUGGUGCAAGACCCCUCUAUCGCUUCUCGUCUCAUCCCAGUAGUACACUAAAAAAAAAAAAAAGCACUUGCGUAACCGCGUCUAGAUUAAGUGUUCCUCUGUAUCCUCGGCCUUUACCGCGUUGUAUCUUGUAGCUACGUCCUUCACCAUCUCCUCUGCUGGUGUUUGUGCCCCUCCUCGAUCGUCAGUGUUAACACAGACGUGUUGUGUUUGAAUGGUUGUCAAAUGUGCAUGUGAAGGCUCGUGACGGACCCAGAGUUACGCAGUGGCUCCACUGUCCUGUGCACACUCCCCAUACCGAUGUGCACCUCCAACUCCAGCGAUUCCCCUACGCGGCUGUGAGAGCAGACAUUAGACACAGGUGAAGUUUAACGAGGAGUACAACAUAUGAAGGCAGUGGUGUAACGCCUCCUGUCUUGCAUACUGUACAAUAUCUCCAUCCUUUAUAUGGCUGCCUGAGCUUUCAAAAAUGCAGAGAUGUCCCUUUUGACUAUAUUAGCCAAAUGUUCUACCAUCAGUGUUUACAAUGUCUAAAGCAGUGACUACAUUUUCAAACAUUUCUUCUGUUGCUGACCUGUAAGUUGUUUUUUUUCCCCUUUGUCUUUGAAGUGAUGGUGAAAUCAAUGCUUUGCAAUUAUGGUCUGUGUUUGGACUUGGACUUAUCUCUGUGUCGAGUCAUACUGAGCAUGUGCAGCUGGAACCCUUUGUUGCCCCAACAACAGUGCAAAGUGUAAAAUACCUUCCUCCUAUCAUCAAAGACAAUUGCCCAUUUCAAUGAUUCCAAAUCCUCCCACCCCUUGCUGUGGAUCACAAUCACGUAAAAGCCAUAAGGUCUCAGGACAGGAUAACUGUAACAGGUGGAUGUAUCAAAAAAUAGAGAAGAAAAAAAAUAUGUAUAUGAAGUUAUUUUCUCUAAAAUAAUGCUAUUUUAAUAAUAUGUAAAUCUAUUGCAAGAUAACUAUAUGAGGGGGAAAUGGCUAACAACACAACCAUGGAUUUUCAUCAAAAGAAAUAAAAACAGCUGGAUAGUCAAUGUGGAAUCAGUAGCAGAAUAAAGAUUUGGUGCUUUUGUUUGUUUGACCGACAUCAUGGGUUUUAAAGUUUUUUUUUUUUUUUUUUUCAUGUAAAGGUUUUUUGCUGAUUGAAAGAGGGUCAAGUGACACAUGAGAAGUUAGGAAAUGUCUUUUAAUUUUUACAUUUAUUGUUAUUUUAAAUUCUGAUCGUUCUCUUGUUUCACCUAGCCUAUGUGUAAUCUCAAAGAUCUUGUCGAUGGAGUGUAGUCUGUCUCAUGUUUGUUCUUCAUUUGUGUUUGGUUUUAGUACCUGGAUGUAAGUUGAGAGGAAACAAUUGGAAAUAAAGUUUUAUAAAUAAUUUUAACAUUAAAAAAGAGAUUAUACUUUAAAUUAAAUGUUGAUAAGGGUCACGGUAUUAGUUGAAUUGCUAUGAAAAAGAAUUAAAGUACUGAAUAUUCUUGA